AUGAACUUCAACCCCUAUGCCUUCCCUCUUUCGCCGAAAGAGUAUGCGCCGAGACCGGUGCCCUCGUUGGAGGAAUGGAGACAGCUAUGGAGCGUCUGGGAUCUUGUAACGACCAAGAUGAUUCCUUCUGAUGCUCUGAUGGAGCAACCGAUCCCUUUACGCAACCCACUACUCUUCUACCUAGGACAUAUCCCAGCCUUUGAAGACAUACAUCUAAACAGAGCAACCAACAAAACACCGACCGAGCCAGCGUACUAUCACAAAAUCUUUGAGAGAGGCAUUGACCCGGAUGUUGAUGAUCCAUCCAAAUGCCAUGACCAAAGCGAACUACCCGAUAUUUUCCCUCCAUUGAGUGAGAUCCUCGAGUAUCGUGACCGUGUAAAGUUUCGGAUCAAGCAUCUUUACGAAACCGGCCAAGCACACUCAAACCGCUGCGUUGGUCGAGCCCUUUGGAUUGGUUUUGAGCAUGAGGGACUUCACGCCGAAACCUUUCUUUUCGUGACCAUCCAGAGUCCUAGCAUCCUGCCACCUCCGGGACUCCCAAAGCCUGACCUUGCCAAGAUUGCCAAAGAGGCAGCGUCGCGGCGCCUUGAUAAUCAAUGGUUCACGAUACCUAGUCAAACAUGCGCCAUCGGUUUCCAUGAUCCAGAAAGCGACCGGGGACCAGACCGAUUCUUUGCUUGGGAUAACGAGCGCGAACCGUACGACGUCCACGUACCGGAGUUCCAGUCACAGGCUCGACCAGUGAGCAAUGGCGAGUACGCAGCGUACUUGAUCGACACCAAACAGCCCGGUUUCAAGCCGAUGAAAAUCUAUCCGGGAUAUAGUGCCGACUUCAUGGAUGGGAAGCAUACGGCCGUUGUUGGGGGAAGCUGGGCUUUACACCCUCGUAUUUCUGGGCGAAAGAGUUUUUUGAACUGGUGGCAGAAGAAGUAUCUUUGGCCAUGGGUGACAUUCCGCCUCGUUAGGGAUGUGAAAUAG